AUGGUCUCAGCUCAUCCCACCAGGCGCUUAACGUCCACAGCCAGAGCCUCGUUUGCCACCGGUAAACCGGUGCCCGGGCCACACCACGAGGAGGAGAGGUUGGCACAUGUCACCGCAGGGGCAGUACUGCAAGGCCCCGUACGGCAUCUUUGUGACCCGGCCAAUAGUAGCAAGAAGAGGGUUGCCAGGCCGCCAAAAAAAGCGGCCGUCACCUUGACUUUGGCCCCGGAGGCCAAGGCCACAUAUGCCGAGGUGAUGGCCACCGCCCGAAAAAAGGUCGAUCUAAAGACAAUCGGGAUCACCGAGAUUCGGCGCCGGCGGGCGGUCACUGGCGGCCUGGUGCUCGAAAUACGGGGCGAGGAGCGCACCGAGAGGGCGGCUGCGUUAGUUGGCCGCCUUCAGGAGGUGUUCGGGGGCACCGAGGUCCGGGUGUCUCGCCCCAUGAAAAUGGGCGAGAUGAGGCUUUCCGGACUGGACGACUCGGUGUCCCCAGUGGAGGUUGCGGCAGCUUUGGCCGCUGUGGGGGGUUGUGGCCCAGCCGACGUCGAAGUCGGGGAGAUAAGAAUCUCCCCGGCUAGGCUAGGCACUGUUUGGGCCAAAUGCCCCCUGACUGCGCUGAGUAACAUAGCCGCCUCCGGGAGGAUCCUGGUGGGCUGGUCGUCCGCCAGGGUCGAGGCGCUGCCGGUGCGGCCUUUGCAGUGUUUCCGCUGCCUCGAAAAAAAGGCCAUGUAA